AUAAGUUAUUUUGUAUUUAACUAAGUUUUUUUAGAAUCAUAAAAGGAUUUUUUUUUAUAAGAAAAAAUGACUACACUGAGACCCUUCACGUGCACCGAUUUAUUCAAAUUUAAUAACGUGAAUCUAGAUCCACUUACGGAGACAUAUGGAUUAUCCUUUUAUAUGCAAUAUUUGGCACACUGGCCGGAAUAUUUCCAAGUCGCUGAAUCACCAAGCGGUGAAAUUAUGGGCUAUAUUAUGGGAAAGGCGGAAGGUAUUGCAGAAAAUUGGCACGGUCAUGUAACAGCUCUUACCGUUUCACCUGAUCACAGAAGACUUGGUUUAGCAGCAAUGUUGAUUAAAUUUUUAGAAGAAUUAUCGGAAAAGAAACAAGCAUACUUUGUGGAUUUGUUUGUAAGAGUUAGUAACAAAGUGGCUAUUAAGAUGUAUCAGCAAUUGGGUUAUAUUGUGUACAGAGUAGUAUUAGAAUAUUAUAAUGGAGAUCCUGAUGAAAAUGCUUACGAUAUGAGAAAAGCACUUUCAAGAGAUGUGACUAAAAAAUCCGUAAUACCAUUAACUCAUCCUGUUAGACCGGAGGAAGUCGAUUAAUACUAAGAUUCAAGCAGUUUAUUUUUGCUUUUCUGUACAAUAGUACAAUAUUUCCUGCUUGUCACCGCUCAUCAUGCCUUUAUGCGCCACUUUAUGCGAAUAAAUAAUAAAUAGAAAUGUAAGAUGGUAGGCUUAGUAGAAUACUAUAGACAGCCAUCUUUGACAUACACAGGUUGAAUAAUUUUUUCAUGACGAUUGUUAUUUAAUGGCUGUCUUCUUCUUCUUCUUCUUCUUUUUCUUCUUCUUCCUCUUAUAUUGACUCUACUACAUUUAAAAACUUAAGCCUAAUAUAUGAUAUUUACAGAAUGAAUGAUUUCACUGCGUCAUGAUACAAAGGUGCUAAGCACCUACAUAAUAGUAUUUAGUUUUGCAUAUUAUAAAAAUUAAGGACAAAGUGUCGUUCUUGCAUAUCUUUGUACUGUUUCCAGUAUUUUUUCUGAGGAUCUCGAAUAAUUUAUAUAAAUCUUUAAUGCGCCAAACGAUAAGCUGUGCAUAGAUAUUAUUUAUUCAUCUAUUCUGCUCAAAGGGAUGAGGCACGAUCAUACUCAGCCUAUUUCUCAAAAUAAUAAUAUCAAAUUAUAGAAGUUUUGUACGUUAUUGUACGAUCUAAGCCCUACUUCAACUUUAUAUAUUCGCUUGUGUUUUACUAAUGAGAAGGAAGACAUUAACUAGUUACGUAGGGACACACGUUCAAGCCAUAUA